AAUGAUGAGUUGUUCGGUUGUGUCUAUUUGUCUUUGCGCUCAGAUUGAUCACGCACAUUUCCUGCUUUUUAUAGUUUGGAUUCGGUUUUGGCGUUCAGAGCAAUACUUAGAUCAGAUUCAACUUGAUUUAAAUAGGUUACUCGAUGAAGAUUUCAUUUCAAAACCUCAAGUAUUGUGGGUAUUUUUCCCAAGGAAGACAGCGAAAACUAGCCAUCAACUUAGCUCUGCUUUUCUUCUUGUCAACCCAUCUCAUGUUUCACCUCUAUAAGGCCUAUCCCGUAUGUCGCUUUGAUAUUAGACGCAUUAUGAGAAUGGAUGACAGUGCUAGUGUGAUUGAGGAAGYAUGCAGAAAUGCAUCCAAGAGACCUGUUGUUGGAUGCAUGACAAACAGCAGAAAACCAAUCUAUAAAGAUGAUGUUAGGGUAUUGGGGAAGCGCUUGAAGAGUAAAGUUUUUCUAACACUUGGCAUUCCAACAAUACAACGAAAGCACAACAACAAGACUUGGUCAUACCUCGAAGGUACUCUCAACUCGCUCAUCGAAAACCUGGCGCCCGACCAAAUGAAUCAAAUACACGUUGUUGUCUUUCUCGCGGAUCUCGAUGAAAAAGCACGCCAUGAAAAACGCAAGACGAUAUCAAGCAAAUUCCAGAAAUACAUCGAUAGUAGUUUGAUCAGUGUUGUACAGGCGCCAAAGGAAUUCUACCCUAAGCUGAGAGGCCUACCCCGAACGUAUGGGGACCCCCCUGAUCAAGUGUUCUGGCGGUCAAAGCAGAACAUGGAUUAUUCAUUCCUCUUCAACUAUUGCGAGGAUCUCUCAGAAUACUACAUGCAGAUGGAGGAUGACGUUAUGACGGUGAAAAACUACCUCGGUGUUAUCCAGGACUGCAUUAGGCAACACAACACCACCAGAUGGACCUACCUAAGGAUAGUCAAUUGGGGCUUCGUCGGGAAGCUCUUCAGAAACGCUGAACUCGAUUAUUUUGCUCGUGUUCUGAGAAUGUUCUACAAUGAUAAGCCGUGCGAUUGGUUGAUAUUAGAUUUCAAUCAUUGGAGAGGUUUUGGCGGCUCCUCUGGCAAUCCCCCAUGCGGGAACAUCUUCUUUCAUAAGGGUCAAAAGUCGUCUCUGUCACGUUUUCAGCGUCCUUCUUUCUAGAGGGAUGUUUCCAAGACAACCGGUUAUUGCCAGCUUACAUUCAUUAGUCACUAUCUUUUAUAUAAUUGGACUACCUUAUUUGAAAAUUGUAAACAUUAUGAUUUUGCCAAAUUUGUGGUGUUCAAUACUGACUGCCGAUGUAUGGGAUUCCGAUUGGAACUUUGAAAAAACUAAUAAAAUAAAUAGAAAAACAUUCAUGGGGGAAAAAAAAAAUUAUAUAAACGCUUUUACCAAUAAUCGCAACUACAAACAAUUCUAAUUAUGUAGGCAUUCAGCAAGAAGUUCUACGUAUCUUGCCAUUCUGAUUGUGGCCUUUGCUCUCCUCUCUUUCUUCUUUUCAGUUUUGUCUUUUUAUCUAGUGUUGGUUUGCUUGCUUUGUUUUUCUUCUUCUUCUUCUUCUUCUCCUCCUCGAAACUUUCUUCCUGAGUGAAAGGUCGGUCUUAAAUCCAACAGGCCGGAGUUGCCAGUGGUUGCCACGUUACGUUUCCUUGAUUUAGUGAAUGCUCUUUACACAAACAAGACCAAUUAAUAUUUAGAUUUGAUUCUAUGGG